AUGGAGUUGUAUACGUGUACCACCAUCAAAGCAAGCACCACGUUGUCAAUUCCCACCUCAGAAAUUUUGGUGGGCCAUCGUCGCCUCUCAGAUGAGUCAUCGAGGCCCAUGAAUGAUGCAGUAAAUUGGAAAUUGGAGGCUGCAUGGGACCCAUUGAAAUUCGGUGGCCUAAUCAAGGCCCUUGUUCCUCUAUCCAGGCCACCCAAAAGGGCUCUCACCUAUCCAUUGCAUCCUUCGUACUGA